AAUAAUAAGGCGCCAAGAAUACAUUUUGGUGUUUUUCUGAGGCCACCAAUUUUCAUUCCACCUACAAAGUAAUCUGCUGUCUUCGUCGCCACUGCCACACGCUCAUACAGACUGUGAAGAAUGCGAAUUCCGGCUAAUAUUCUUUCUUCUUGUGGUGCUCUGCCGGUGAAUGGCUGCCUCCAUCGUGGCGCUAUCUUCGAGCCGCGCCCGCUUCCCGGUAUAUCUUUGAGGUUGAAAGCGACUAGAGGUUGGAGUUGUGGUGUUUCCAUUUUAGGCGAUUCCGGAGGAAAAUUGUGCAAUUGGGGUAAAAAGGUCACGGGGGCUAGGGCUUCUGCUUUUGAGGAUGGAAAUAUGGGUGCGGAUGUGCGAAGAAAGAGAAAGGUUGUUGAACAUAUUUGUUUGCUGAAAGCGAAAGAGGAUUUGUCUGAAGAUCAAGAGAAAGUUAUGCUGGACUAUAUUUAUACGAUACAAUAUUACAUGCGUGGCGUUGUUGCAAUAUCAUUAGGCCGUAUUUGUGAUCAAAAUCCCGAAUGCUAUACGCACGCCAUCUUCAUGCGUUUCCAAACAAAAGACGACCUUGCAAAUUUUUACAAGAACUCCUUUUAUUUGGGGAUUCUUAAGGAACAUGUGAUGCCUUACUGCCAUGGUUUGAUCAAUUUGGACUAUGAAUCUGAAGUAGAAGAUGACAUCCUGCCAAUAUUUCGCAAGGGAGAGGAGUUCAACUACGGCGUAGAGCUUGUGCUUGUUUUAUCAUUCAUUAGGAGCUCUCUGGGUGAAGCUGCAGAAGAUGCAAUGACUUCUCUGGAUAACCUGGCUGUGGUUUUCCCUUCUUUGAUUGUUCAGAUUACUAAAGGUCCCAAUAUGAAUACAGACAGCACAGAAUAUACUCAUGGGGGAGUAAUACGAUUCCGGUCAUCUGAUGCCUUUGAGAUGUUCUUGAACAGUCCUCAAUUUAAUACUAUGUGGAGAUCGAAAUUCCAGCCCAUCAUUGUGAAGGCUGUUUCUGUCCAUUUUCCUGUUGAUCCUAUUGGCACAGAGCUUAUGUAGCAAGGAUCAGGUGGUUGUGUACACACCUAGAGGUUCUUUACAACAAGGAAGCAGGCUCUCAUCUAGGUCACAUUUCAUUAUAAAUUGCUUGACAUAUCUUAAUAUUUCCUUUAAUAUAUUAGCGGUACUAAUCAUAUUCAUGAUUAUCUUAAUUCUGUCAGCAUUAAGAUCUUUCAAUAUUCUCAGGAAGUAAAUGAGUGCAGUUAUUUAAGAAACAGACAUCCAGCUGUAGGAGUUUGAUUCCACUGCCCUAUCUCUGUCUGUAUCUGUUCAAGGCUCCAAGACACCACCUAUAAUUUAACCUUGCAUAAGUCUGUCGGCAGCUUUGCAGGCGGUUCAGGUACUUUGUUAAAUAAGGUGGGAAAUUCGGUUACUUUGAAUACUUUGAACAUCAUACCUAAUUCUAUCCAUGAUAGAAGAAAGGGUUCAAUGUACAUUAUUUAUUUGAAAGCCUUGAAGAUGCCAUGUGCUGAUGAUUGCAUGAUUAAUAGCUGACACAAUGUUAACAUCUUGUUGUGGAAUAAAUAAAGAAUCUUUCCUUAUUUAAUUUGUGCAUGGCAUCCAUUUCUGUGCUUCAUCUUUUUUUCGAAUCUUCCAAAUGCCAUUGUUUGACUUUCAGAUUACAGAAUUUUAUAAUUUUGUUGAUGACAAGGAAUUGCUUGGAAUAUAAUACUACCAUAUAUAAUAUAUAUAUGUAUGUAUAUGUGUAUAACAAUUUUAAAUAAUUUCUUUGUGACUUAUAUAAGAUCUGCAGCCUGAAUUCUUGAUUUUCACAUAUGAAGCAAGCAUGAUAGAUUGGUUAAUAUUAUUUUCACUUGUUUUUGUGUUCACAUUAUUCUCUCAUCCAUUCUCACUAACUCCCUUGGCCUUAUUCCUGCCUGGAUUAAUUUAACAAAUUCAAUCCACAUCACAACUAUAAUGAUGCUCUUUCAUUUCCACAUCCAUGAUAGCUGUUUGAUUAGUACUUGGAUUAAUAGUGUACAUCAUGCCUAAUUUCCUGCUAACUAAUUGUAUAUGUUUACAUCAUAAUGAAGUGCUAUGAUGUCAUUAUUUUAGAAGGUCCAGUAAUAAAAACUGGAAUGAGACAGCCAGUAAUCUGAAAACAUCAGAGUUGUCAAUACCCCAAAUGGGCUCAGCAAAAAAACAAUACAUAAAUCACUUUCAACAUUUAUUUGCCUAAUGAAUGGCAACAAUGACAUUCUAACUGUGUUGUGUAUACAUACUAUUAUUGAUUCAAACAAUUUCUUGCAGGGCAGCUAGCUAAAGUUUACAACCAUAGUUUGAAAUUUAUCUGUACUAUCUAUGAACUUCAAUAGUAUAAAAGGAUUCCUAAGCAAAAGAGAGAGAUUACAUAGAAAGAAGACACAAUGUUGCAAAACUUCUUGUUUGUUCACAGAACAUGAAAGAAUUCAGUUGUGUAAAGGGUUUGGUCCACCUGGAGUUGUCCGAAGCGAAACUCCGUAUAUUGACUCAUCUCCAUCUUCAUUCCUGGAUGGCUUCGGAGACGGUACAGGGAAAUUAUACCAAGAAAACUGGGAAUGGGACCUUGAUGCUGCAGGGCGGUGCGCGGCUUCUUUGUUGCUGGGGAAUUCGCGGCAAUCUGAGAGGUUGCUGAUAAUGAGGAUGAUGGCUAUGGUGAGAAGAAUGGGAUUUGGGGGAGAAUGAAUCCUGAUCAUACUCUGUAUUAUUAGGAUGACAAAAAAAAAAAAAAAAAAAACAA